AUGGCCCUCAAGUAUAAGCUCAUUCUAGCUCAUCUUUUUCUCUUUGCAUUCAUUAUCUCGGUGUCUCAUUGUGAUGAGAAUGUGCCUCUUGUUAAUGGCUUAAAUCGAAGCAGCUUUCCAUCUCAUUUCGUCUUUGGAGCUGCAACAUCUGCUUACCAAAUUGAAGGUGCUUCAAAUCUUAGAGGAAAAAAUAUCUGGGAUGUCUUCGUUUCUAAGCACCAAGACAGGAUAUCUAACCACAGCGACGCAUUUGUUGCAGCUGAUUCAUAUCAUCGCUACAAGGAAGAUGUUAGUCUCCUAAGUGGCUUGGGAUUUGACGCCUACAGGUUUUCCAUUUCGUGGACCAGAAUAUUGCCAACUGGAAGGAUAAGCGGUGGCAUAAGUGCCCGCGGGGUAAGAUACUACAACGCACUAAUUGAUGACCUUAUCUCUAAAGGUAUCCAACCUUUUGUGACCAUAUUCCACUUUGAUCUUCCACAAAAACUUGAAGAAGAAUAUAAAGGUUUCCUAAGCCAAAAGAUUGUGGAAGACUAUGCAAAUUAUGCAGAGCUUUGCUUCAGGUUAUUUGGUAACAAAGUGAAGCAUUGGAUAACAUUGAAUGAGCCAUGGACGUAUACUACAAUGGGAUAUGCAUUUGGAAAAUUUCCUCCAAAUAGAUGCUCAAAUAGGGAAUUUGGUAGCCCCGAUACUCGAUGUCUGUAUGGAAACUCUGGAACUGAACCUUAUGUAGUUGCCCACCAUUUGCUUCUUGCUCAUGCUGCUGCUGUCAAAAUUUACAGGGAAAAGUACCAGAAAAUUCAAGGGGGUCAAAUUGGUAUUAGCCUUGUUACACAAUGGUUUGAGCCAUAUGAUCCUAAUUCACAGACUGAUGUUGACGCGGCAAAUCGAUCACUUGCCUUCAUGUUUGGAUGGUAUAUGGACCCUUUAUUUAGAGGUGCUUACCCUACAGAAAUGGCUAAAUAUGUUGAUAAGGAUCGUCUUCCAACUUUCAAACCUCAAGAAGCUGCGAUGGUGAAAGGAUCCUUUGAUUUCAUUGGACUCAACUACUACACAGCUCAGUACUCACAGGAUAUUCCAUGUGAUAAAAGUCAGAAAAACUAUUUGACAGACUCGUGUGUUUCUCUAACUUAUACCAAAGAUGGAAAACCAAUCGGGCUACAGAGCGGAGCAGGCUGGCUUUAUAUUUAUCCAAAAGGCUUCUAUAAAAUUUUAGUCCAUAUAAAAGAGAAAUACAAUAAUCCACUAAUCUAUGUGACAGAAAAUGGAGUUUGUAGACACAACGAAUGGGAUAAACCAUUUGAUUUGCAGAGAGUAAAUUACCAUCAAAAUCAUCUAACGGAACUUCGACGUGCCAUCAAUGAUAAAAAGGUGAAGGUGAAAGGCUACUUCGUAUGGUCAUUAAUGGAUAAUUUCGAGUGGCUCGAUGGUUAUUUUCUCAAUUUUGGACUUAUACGUGUAAAUUACGGGAAUAAGUCACUGAAAAGAUCAUGCAAGGCCUCUGCAAGAUGGUUCAGCAAUUUCUUGCAGAAAAGUGGAAGCCCAAAUGCUGCAAAUGUAUGCUAGCUCUUCUUGCUUUAAGGGAACUGAAUUGUAACGACGAUGCUGUAUUUGCUCCUAUAACUUUUUGUUACCACUCAAUUUUUUUAUGA